UUCCCUACUGGAUGACGUCACGGGGUGAGAGGUCGGCUGCACAGUAGCUAUGGCCGGCGGUUCCGGGGUACCGGGGCUAGGAGCGGCGCUGCAGGUGCUCCUUGCCGGGGCCGUGUGGCUGGUGGCCGCGGAGAAGACGCUGUACGGACCGCAGGACGCCGGCAUCGCCAUACUGGAGCGGAGAUCGGUGGCCGGCGCCCUGUAUAACUCAUCCUCCGCCUGGCUGCUGGAGUUCUAUUCCUCCUGGUGCGGACACUGCAUCAACUACGCCCCCACCUGGCGGGCCCUGGGCUCGGACGUGCUGGACUGGAAUCCCGCAGUGCGGAUCGGAGUGUUAAACUGCGCCGACGAGGAGAAUACCGCCAUCUGCAAAGAUUAUGGCGUCCAGUUCUAUCCAACGUUUCGGUUCUUUGGGGCGUUUACGAAAGACUUCACUCAAGGAGAAAACUACAAAGCGGAAGCUGACAGAGAGGUGCCGACCGUCCGACAUGUCAUCAUUGAUUACCUGGAGAGCCUCCCUGCCGAGCACAGACCCCCGGAGUGCCCGUCCCUCCAGCCAAUCAGCGCCAGUGACAUCACUUCUCUUCUUACCCAGAAGGAGCCCCAUUACACCGCCAUCAUCUUUGAGAGCGAGACCUCCUACGUUGGACGUGAGGUGAUCCUGGACUUGAUGCAGUUUGAGAACAUUGCGGUGCGGAGGGCGCUGAAUUCAGACAAGGCCAUGUUGGAGAAGCUCGGCGUUGUUUCAGUUCUGUCCUGUUACCUGAUCUACCCGAACGCUUCACAUGGAUUAAUUAACAUUGUGAAGCCCCUGCGCUCUGUGGUCUCCUCUCAUUUGAAGUCCUUGCCAGGGGUAAGGAAGAAAGCCGGGGCUCACUCAGCGCUACCCGAGAGGCUCCCCAGCGAGGACAAAGAGGAAGACGUGGCAUGGAAGGACUACGAUAAGUCCAAGUUGUAUGCAGCCGACCUGGAGUCCUCCUUACAUUACCUGCUCCGGGUGGAACUUGCCACUCACCAGACGCUGGAAGGAGAAAAGCUGAAAACCUUCAAGGAUUUUGUCACCCUGCUGUAUAAGUUGUUCCCGGGGCGCCCCCAUGUGGUAAAACUUCUGGAAACGCUGCAGGAGUGGCUCGUCAGUAUGCCGCUGGACAAGAUCCCUUAUGAUGCUAUCUUGGACCUGGUCAACAACAAAAUGCGGAUCUCUGGAAUCUACCUGACAAACCACGUGGAGUGGGUCGGCUGCCAGGGGAGCAGGGCGCAGCUGAGAGGAUACCCCUGCUCCCUCUGGAUGCUGUUUCACAGUCUCACAGUGCAGGCCGCGGUGCAGCCAGAUGCCCUGAGCAACACAGAGUUUGAAGGCGACGCUCAGGCAGUGCUGAAAACCAUGAGAGGAUACAUCAGGGAGUUUUUCGGAUGCCGGGAAUGCGCCCAGCACUUUGAAGCCAUGGCCAAGGAAUCUGUGGACAGCGUGAAAACGGCGGAGGAGGCGGCGCUGUGGCUGUGGAGAAAACACAACGUGGUCAACAAGAGGCUGGCCGGUGCUCCAAGUGAGGAUCCAAAAAGCCCCAAGCUAGAGUGGCCAACGCCCGACCUGUGCCCUGCCUGUCACGAGGAGGUAAACGGGCUUCACAGCUGGAAUGAAAAGGAAGUCCUCGCCUUCCUCAAGCGGCACUACAGCGUCAAAGAGAUCUCCCUACAGUACGCCGAUCCUAACGAGGAUGCGAAGAACGACAACCUUCAAGCCAAGGAUCCCGGAGGAGGCACCGACUCCGGACUGAAGAAGCCACACGACCAGCCGAUUGUCAGACCAGACUUUAUAAACAAGCUGGUUCCAAAACCCAUCGAAAAGGAGAAAAGCUCCGAGCACCAGGAGGGCAACAAGAUGUCCGUCAGCUUCCUGGGCCUCGGCUUCUCCAACAUAGACAUGAGCCUGUGUGUGGUUCUCUACAUCACCUCCUCCUUAUUUUUAAUGAUCAUGUAUUUCUUUUUCAGAGUUCGGUCCAAAAGAUGGAAAAUCAGGUAUAACCGGCCAUAUGUAUAAUUUUAUUGUUGUGUUUUUUUUUUAUUUAAUUUUACCCACCCAGUUGACCAUUUUUGACUCCCCAGAGUUUUUGUACUAAUUGCUUUAAUAUAUGUAUGUUUCAUGAUCAGGGACCGAUGUAUUUGGAUGUGUUUGUACGAGAUUAGAAAUGGGGUCAGCUUUAUUUUUCCAGAAACAGUGCCACUCCUGACCCAUAGGCUAAGUCUGGUAUUGCAGCUCAGCUCCAGUCACUCACUGCAGUACUGCAUACAGCUCUGCGGGGUUAAAUAUGCCCUCUAAUCUUGUACAACCCCCUUAAUACACAUUUUUAAAAGGGGUUCUUUGGGUGUUUAAUAUCCUAACUCAGGGAUGGGUCAUCAAUACCUGAUCGGUGAGGGGCCUUUUCCAGCACCCGGGACCUUCAACCGUAAGCACCGCGGCUUCCUAACAGCUUGCCAAGCACAGCGCCGUCCAUUGACUGUGGCUGUGCUUGGUAUUGCAGCUCAUUCCUAUCCACUUGAAUGGGACUGAGCUGCGCCUAGGACCUGUGACCAAUGAACGUGGUGUCUCUGUCCUAGAAAGAGGCCACUGCUCUAGAGUGCCACAGCCUACCCACACCAAUCAGGUAUUGAUGGCCUAUCAAUAUUAAAUACCUGGAAACCCCCCUUUAAGGGCUCAUGAACGUAAGGGUUCAGUGUCUGUAUUGUGGACCAUAAACCACUGGGCCCUGGCCGUGUGCACUCUGUGGUGCAGAUGUGGACCCAUCGACAUGAAUAGGUCUGCACUCCGCAAGAUACGACCGAAGAUAGGACUUCACCUAUCUUUUCUGGAGUGGAGGCACAGAACGGAAGCGCUUCUGUGGACGCUCAGGUCCGUGCCUCCGCACCGCAGAAAGAUAGAACAUGUUCUAUCUUUGGCCGUAACUCGCAGAUCGUGGACCCAGUCAAGUCAACGGGUCCGCAAAUGCAGUGCAGACGGACGGUGCCCGUGCAUUGCGGACCGCUAUUUGGGGUCCGCAGCACAGGCGAGGUGCCCUUACACUUGUGUGCAUGAGCCCUAAGCCUUCUGCUCCUUGAUUUUGUGCUGCUGCUGCCGAGGAAUCGGUGCUGGUUUUUGGGAUGAGCCCACCCUUUAAUAUGACUUUAAUAAGGGGUAGCCUGGGCUAUUUAUGGAUAUGCCAUACAAAUCUGAUAGAUGGGGGUCUGCCCAUAUCUCCAGAACUGGAGCCUCCUGCCCCUGAGGCGGUCAGUGACAAACGCACGGCCACCUCUCCGUUCAUUCUCCGCCUGUUCAGGAGAUGUGGGUCCCAGAAGUGAAGAUGUCAUAAAUAUCUAACAUAGGAAGACCCCUUUAAAAAUUGUAUUCAUUGUUACAUUCAUUUCUGUAUGGGGCACACUGUUGAAGGGGGUCUGGUUUUGUUUUUUUUCCUCCAAAGACAGCGCCACCCUUGUUCAUGGGCUCAGUCUGGUAUUGCAACUCAUUCAAGUGAAUUCAAUACCGGAUACAACCCAUGGAUAAAGGUGGCGCUGAAAAAACUUGUUUUCUUUUAAUCUUGGACAACCAUUUAAAGGGGUCGGCCUACUAACAACAUUAUCCCCUUUCCACAGCCUAGUGAGCAUGUGCGACCACCGCUCAAUUCACUUCUAUGGGACUGAUGGAGGUCUGCUGCAGUCGGUGUAGCGAUGGUCACGUGUGUGCACUACCGGAUGGACGGGCGCUUGUUAAGUGGGCUCUCUCCGUGCCAGUUGUAUUAACCCUUUGUGGGCAUCUUCUUGAUAACUUCGUCUUCACCAUGAGCCAUUCUCUGCAUACUUGACUAAUAUCACAGAAUCCAUGACCAACGUGGGGCUUGUUGUUAAAAGGUUUCUGUCACCUGAAAAAUGGGUAUUAGCGCCAUCUCACUGCCUGCCGCCGUUAUUGAGAAAAACGAACUUUUAUAA